AUGCCUAACCUGUAUGACCCCAUUCAAAACCCCGGGCCACUUCAGGACCAAGAUCGUCCAACUCCACAGAUGAUAGUAGACGACAUCCAUGAUUGGAUUGUCUGGGAGCUGCGCACUACCGUCAACUCUAAUACGACAGAUGAGCAUCAGCUUUAUGGAGCGUGGACUACUUUCCUGCAUGAAGCUUUUCCCCCGAGCGGACGCUUCCUGAUUUCGCCUCAGGCGCCUCUUCGCAGAGUUGUUGAGGAAAACGAACAGGACGAUUCAGAUACGUCGUUCGGAUCAACGGGUGCUCUGCACGAAGCGAAGCAUUUACCCGGAAGAGAGGUCGAGAAGCUCUAUCCCGACUUCGUUGCGCACAAGGUGUUUGUGCAAGCCUCUCCUGUUCGCGUUCGCCGCAUUCUCGCGUUGGUGGAACUCAAGAUAAACGAACAAGCUUUAACGGAAAGAGGGCAUGCUCAAAUGUUGGGCUAUAUGCAUCGCGCGUCCAGCCAUCCCAAUCGCGAGACGAACCUGAAGGGUUAUCUUAUAUGUGGAGACAAGUUGUGGAACUAUCGUUUAGUGGACGAUGACCCGAAUGAUCUCGGACAAGUGCGAUUCAACCGGAAGCCUCGCAACAUUUUCAUUGAUUCUGCUAAUGAAGGUGUGGAACUUGCGCAGGAGUUGGCAGCGGUUGCAGCCAAGAACUGGAACGACCCAGCGUAA